GCUAUGUAUUUACAAAUAACUAGCUAAAUAGAUAGUCCAGGAUUCGAUACUUCCUGUUAAAAUAUAUAAACACAAGUAUAUACCCAGUAUUAGCACGCUAGCAGCAGAGCUAUCCGUUAAUCAUGUUGUUAGCUCCAACUACAAUGGGACGCUUGGGGAUGCGAUCGCUCCUGCAAUCACAAUGGUCACACAUGAGGUGUAGUAUACACACCAGCAGAUACCUGAACUCGGCUGAAAGUAGGUCAAUCGCACAACUUCCAACUAUAUGUUCCCAUAUUACAAACAAACAACAAAUAAGUAGGCAAGACAACAGACAGAUUUCGAAUAGCCAAAGGGGGUUGCAUGCAAGAAGUUAUUCAACAGCUACUGAAAGUACCGAAAAGCCGAUACCCAAGCCGCACACAACAGUGUGUGUCAUGUUGACCGGGGUGCCCGCCAGUGCCACAGUAGACGACAUCAGACAAAAGUUCCCCACCACUGGGUACACACCCGGUACUGUCAGUGCAGCUUUUCCGGACUAUUCGGCACCAGGUUCUUUGUACCAGAGGAACGCCAAGCUGAAUUGGUACGUGUUCUUCACCGGUCCCCACACAAGGAAACAAGUGGAGCUCCAGACAGACGGCAUGAUGAUCUGCGGGUCCUCUGUGAGGGUCAGCAUUAAAAAUUCGAGAUUUCAACCGCCCACAUACUGGUCCAACUAUUUGCCCGGGAAUCUGAGCGAGCCCUACGACGGUCGAUGUGCCGUGUUUUUCAAUUUGCCACAAAAUACAACCGACAGCGCUAUACUGAACUUUUUGAAGCCGCUCACAGUGGAGCGCAUCGUGCACGAGAAUCCCGGCUCACAAAGCAAUACAACCGCGCUUCUGGUGUUCGACUCCGCUGAGACAGCUAAUGCCGCGUAUGUGCACUUCCACGGUCGUUCUAUUGAGACUGAGAUGGAUGCUGAUGGUGAAUCUAGUAAGUCUGUGGAUCAGGAGCCUGUAGAGAUCAGGGUUUUACACGGCUAUCGACCUUGGAGGAGUGCCUUUCUCAUUGCUUAGUGAAAUGAGCUGUGUUCUUCAUCAAGCCUCGAGCGCUACAUACCCUGUACAUAAAUGCACCUCACUACUGAUAUACUUGGAGAUGGUCCGCGUUCAUUCAACUUCAGCAAAGUUAUGUUGACUAGUAUGUCACCACUCGAUCCCUUUCAUCCUGCUGGCGUUGCAUUAGUGGUACUACCGUGUGUUGCACUUCGAGGUAGGACAGUUUCCGAAAAUUGUGCAAGAUUUUUGCAAACUGUUUUCCAUUGUCCUGGGAUAUGUGUAGUUGAUAUCUAUAUAGAUGCCAUCGAUUGGCUUGUACGAUGCCAGACAAGAUAUGUUCUC